AUGUCUCGAUCAUUACGAUCAAGGCCGUUGACCUUGUAUCAAUCACAACGCAAUAGUGGCGCACCUCAAGGACCAGUCAUUCCGCCUAUUCCAGAAGAUGAUGGAAGAGGAAGGGAUAGUGUUGCUUAUGGAUCUGGGCCGUCAGGCGAAAAGCCAGGCAAGUCCGGUGGAGUGAGCUCAAUGAAAAAGAUGGGAAAGCGAACAGGUUUCUCAAAAGCAUCUGAAGUCGGAUCAAAUUUGAAAAAGCGUCUUAGCAUGCGAUAUGCAGAACCUACUCAUGUCGACUCUGGAGGUUUCAGUGCCAUUCCAGAAGUACCAUCAUUACCUUCAGCUAUACCUGGUGCACCUGAUCUACCGCCUGGUGCUAAUGAGUUUAGGCAAUCAGGUGUCUCGUACGAUGCAAACGGAAGACCGCUACCGAUCAUGGGCGAGGGAUUUGGUCAAAUGGACACACAUCAAGACGCAAUGGCUACCUUGGAUGAAGCAAUGGAAGGAUCAAGUCAUCAUAGUCACUCACAGGUUGCUGCUCUACAAGGGCGUGCAAGCUUAGACGGUCGAGUAUCUGCUGGUCCUCUAAGUUUAGAGGGAUUUGCACGGGAUCCAGCAAUCGAUUUAGACUUGCUGAGUCAAGAUAAUUUUGAUGCAGAGAUGUAUUUGAAGAUGAAACUUUCCCAUUCUUCAGAGGAUUUCCUACGACAAUUUCAAGAUUCACUGAAAGCCGCAAAAGAGGCAGCAUCCUCCGAUUUGAAGAGACAAGUGUUUCGUAACUAUUCCGAAUUCAUCACAGUAUCUAAGGAGAUCGCAACGUUGGAGAAUGACAUGCUGGAACUGAAAGAAUUAUUGGGCGAAUGGAAGACUUUGCCUCAGGCGCUCGAACUGGAAGAAGGCGGAAUGGAUGGUUUAGGUUCUUUGACAGAUUCAGCAUUGCGUGGAAGAUCUUUGCGAGGCAAUCGAAACAGUAUGGUAGAUUUACAACAAAUCUACAAAGCACAAAUUAUGUCUUUGUGGGAGGGUAUUGAAGGAUCACAAAAAUUCUUGCCUCUCGUUCCAGGAAGGCAUUUGAUUGCAGAGGCAUCUUCUUUCACAGAGCUCAAUGCGGCCACGUAUAAACCCAAGCAGGGCGUUGCUCUAUUUUUGCUGGAUGAUCUUCUGCUCAUUGCAGUGCGUAAGAAACGACAAAUGAGUGCGAGGGUGAGACUGGUAGCUGAGCGAUGCUUCAGCUUGGCGGAAAUUGUCGUAAUCGAUUUAAAGGACGGAGGUGAACUUACAAAUGCGAUCAAAAUCAAAAGAGGAAAAGAAAGCUUUGUUUAUCGUACAGAUCGUGGGGAAGAUAAACGUGCUUUGCUCAACGCAUUCCGAAGAGUGGCCGAAGAGCUUGCUAAUAAACGACGCAAAGACAGUCUAGCCGAAGCUGAGGCUCGCAAACGUGAUACGAUUUUCCCAAGUGUCGAUAGUGGUGUUUUGUCAGUUUCGGCAAGAUUGACUGGAAGUGUGGAUACUUUCCGCAGAAGUGCCAUGUCCUCAAGUGACGAUAGCAGCGGUCGAGGUGGCAAUGAGAAAGAUCUCAAUAGAUGGCUAAGCGAUUUCUCUGAUCAGAUCGCUGUUUCUAUUGCCUUGCGUGAAUGGGGAGAAGCGGUUGAUCUAGUUGAAAAAGGUCAAGCUUUGCUCGCUGAACACGAUAUCAAUACCGGUAGCGAAUCUGCCAAUGCAACACACCGAGAGCUAUCCUUACGUAUUCGAUCUUUGGUAUCCCAGCUUGUGGAAGCGAUCAGUCAUGAUCUCUCAUCUCCGCUAUUGAAAAAGACAUCAGUGGUACGCAAUGUCGGCUUUCUCCUUCGACUUGAUAAAGGAGAAAGAGCACGAGAGAUUUUCUUGAACUCACGCAGUGAGCUAUUGAAGAGGAGAAGUAGACAGAUCAAAUUUGAAGGAGACGUUAGCCUCUAUAUCAGCGAGCUCGCUCUGGUUCAUUUCACACUGAUCAAGAAUACGAGUGAAUGGUAUAUGAGCGCGUUCAAGGACAAUCAUAUGGCAAGUGGGUUCGUUCGUUGGGCUGCCUCGCAAAUUGAAACGUAUGCAGAGAUCUUCCGAAGACAAGUUUACGGGAUGGCGGAUCAAGACCCAAAGGUGGUCACAGAAGCGGUCGAGAUUACAAUGUCAAGCGCUUCUCAGCUUAAGGAGGUAGGACUGGAUCUCACAUUCUUCUUGAAAGACUUGCUAAAGGUGGACGGACAAAAUGCGACAGAUGAUCCUGAUGCGAUUGCAAAAAGGCUAUCGGCGAUUGAUAUUCGUCGUCAAAGUAUGAUCGCGCGUCAAUGA